AAAAUCUUUCCAUUGUUUACAAAACAACAAGCAACAGAUUUUCUGCGUGUAAAUUUACUACUAAAAAAUCGAUUUGUACUUCAGUGUGGAAAUAACGGUUUAAAUCUGCAACUGUAAUGGCCACAAAACCGGGCGAACGAGCCCUACAGGCUAUCAAGGAACAGAGUAAGGCAGUGGCAGUAUUCAAAACACCAAACGUUCCCAAGGCUAAGGGGAAAGAUAAAAUUAUCCUUACGGAAGAGGAGUAUCUACUGGAAAUGGGUAAGAUCAUACAGCGUGAUUUUUUCCCCGAUUUGCAGAAGUUAAAGGCACAGAACGAAUAUUUGGAUGCACUAGCCAACAAUGACGUCUUCAAAAUGAGACAGAUCUUUUCAAAGUAUAGCUCCAAACGGCCAAAUUCCUCACGUAUAGCUAGUCCGGCUACAUUCGAAACACCAUUACCGGAUACAACUCCAGCUAGCGAAGUUCCGCCAUCAAUCCGUUCGACAUCCAGCGUUGGCUCAAACAAAUCGAUCAAAACACUUGGUGACAAGCAUUCGUUGGACAGUUUUCUGCAAUCGUAUACAAGCGAGGACAAUGACAGUUUUCAGGAGAUUAUUGAAACUGCCGAUCGGAAGUUGCGUCAACGGUUUGCAGUGCUCUACCAAGCAGAAGGUACAUCUGCGAUCGAAAUGGGACAGUGUUUGGCGCUGCCGAGUAUAGAACAGCAGUUUAACCAACAAGAGCGUCCCAAACAGCUGGACAUGUGGCGAUACACGAACAAAAACUACAUCAUGUACACACCGGAUGGUGUAGAGUUGACGAAGGAGGAACAGCUCGAAAUGGCCAAACGGAAGCAGGAAAUCAAUCACAGCAGCACCCGGCUGCAUUACAAUCCCUUUAACGAACAGAACAGCCGGCAAGCGAUUGUGGAAGCGGCCAAAACGCAAGCCAAACAUUUGCCGGAGAAGAUUGGCGUCGAUGGUCGGGUUGUAGACCAAUCGGCUGGAGACACGCCACAGGUGCGUGGUUUCGGCUUCGUGAAAAGUCCCUCACCCUGUCCGGGUGUAACGGACAGUCCACUGUUUACGUGGGGUGAAAUUGAAGGCACACCGUUCCGAUUGGAUGGUGGAGACACACCGUUACACCCAUCGGCGGGAGGACCAUCGUUCCGUAUAGUAGAAACAUCCAAGCGCGAAAACUUAGCCCUACAGUUGGCGGAAAAGGCUGCGGAAAAAUCACGAGAAAAGAAAGCGAAAGCGAUCGAAGCAGCUCGACGAAACAUUGCGUCGCCGUCCGUGCGCAGUUCGUUCGAUCGGCUUGCCAGCAUGUCACCGGCAGCCCGGCGAUUGGCUACUAAUAAGCUUGGAUUUCUAACUACACCGAACCCGCUCGCAUCACCGGCCGGUUCGAGUGGACUGAAAACGCCAGUAAUGAGGCCGAGAAGCGGUCGCAGUAGUAGUAGCAGUAACAACAAGCACCGAAAUGUUACACCAUCCCCGAGGGCAAUUGUGAGAAGGAAGACACCGCUCGUUGGAACUAAUGUGGCCUCAAAGGGUGCCUCAACGGAUUUGACAGACGACCUGCUGGAUAUUCCCACCGGGGGCAAGCGUCCGAAGGCGGCAGAUUUCUUUUAAGGCUGUAGAAGAACUGACUUUGGUGUUGAAAAUAUAACACAUUUAUAUGAUCUUAUUUAAUUAA